CACAACAUGGAUUUCCCCAUAAGCCCUCCGCGGUGGCUUAUGAUCCGGUUUCCAAACUUAUGGCCAUAGGCACACAAAUGGGAGCUAUCAAAGUAUUCGGCCAACCCGGUGUAGAAUUCUACGGGCAACACAUGCUAGUCAGCAAUUCAGCUGCCGAACUCAACGUACAGCUUUUAGAAUGGGUUAACGGCACUGGACGUGUACUCUCGUUGACUGCAUCGAAUCAUUUAACAUUAUGGGAGCCUGUGGGGGCAACACUAGUUGCUACCAAGACACUGCCUUUUGACGGAAAAUUGAAGAAAGUAUCAUCGCUUUGCUGUUCAUUGAAUAAAGACAUCAUAUGGAUUGGAACUGAAGGGGGAAACAUAUAUCAAUUCGAUUUAAAUUCGUUCUCCAUACGUGAACCUGUAAUAUAUCACGAUGUUGUCCUUGAACAAGUACCUCCGACAUACAAGUUGAACCCAGGUGCUAUUGAAUCUGUUCGGCAGUUGCCCAAAGAAUGCAAUAAACUCUUAAUUGCAUACAAUCGUGGUCUCUGUGUGUUAUGGGAUUUAGAAACAUCUUCAUUAGUACGCGCUUAUAUUGCUUCUGGUCAUGGACAGAGUGUGGGCCUUUUUGUGAAUGCAGCUGGAACCCAAUUUACUUGGUAUCAUGCGGAUGGCUCCUAUGCCUCUUGGAAUUUGACCAACACCGAGGCACCGAAAAACGUCAAUUACGUUCCAUAUGGACCAGACCCCUGCAAAAGUAUAACUCGGCUGUAUAAGGGCAAACGCGGCACCGUUGAUGUUGUUAUAUUUUCCGGAGGCAUGCCACGAUCAGCGUAUGGAGACCACAACUGUGUAUCGGUACAUACAAACAACGGGAAUAAUGUUUGCUUGGACUUCACAUCAAAAGUAAUCGAUUUCUUUGUUACGUUCCAAGAUAAUACCGACAAUGUACAAGUCCUGGUCGUAUUACUCGAGGAAGAGUUCUGUGCUUACGAUUUGGCCGAUUCCAAAGUUCCUGCUAUUAAAACACCAUAUCUACAUUCGGUUCACGCAUCUGCGGUUACUUGCAAUUACCUUGCAUCCCUAGUAAACCAGGAUGUUUAUAACAAAAUAUUGCAUGCAGGAGAAGAGCAAAAUACUGAGUGCAGCAAGAUACAAUGGCCGAUAAAUGGCGGUAUUUUAGAGGAAGAAGUUCCUGACGUGGUUGACAAUGAUGAUGUACGACUAUACGAAAUAUUAUUGACUGGUCAUGAGGACGGUUCGGUGAAGUUUUGGGAUUGUACAGGGGUAGUUUUGAAACCUCUUUAUAAUUUCCAAACUGCCCCUUUGUUUGGGAAUGAGAACCAAGACGACAUACCGGCGGAAACGUCAGAACCUUUAGAUGACUCAGAACCACCAUUUCAGAAAGCCGGCCUAUUCGAUCCGUACUCAGACGAUCCCCGCUUAGCGGUGAAGAAAAUUGCUUUGUGUCCAAAAACUGGGCGAAUAAUCGUUGGAGGCACAGCCGGGCAAAUUGUCAUUGCUAGUUUUGUUAAAAGGGAAUCUGAAAAUACUCCGUUUAAAGUUAGUUCAAUGAACUUGGUGAGUGAUCGUGAUGGUUUCGUUUGGAAGGGCCACGAUCAGUUGACGGUACGUCCAAAUUUGCUUGAACCGGAUGCGGAACUUGUUGGUUAUUCCGGUGUUGAAAUAACAGGCAUUUUGCAAGUUCUUCCACCGGCAAGUAUAACGUGCUUGGCCCUGGAAGCGAAUUGGGGACUCGUAGCUGGGGGAACUGCCCAUGGUCUCGUUUUAUUUGACUACAACACUUUUUUGCCUGUUUUCCAUCGCUGCACUCUGAAUCCAAACGAUUUAACAGGCGCUGGGGAAACGUUGUCUCGUCGUAAGUCAUUCAAGAAAUCUUUACGUGAAUCAUUUCGAAAACUUCGAAAGGGUCGCUCCUUGCGAAACAAUCCAUCACAAGUUCCAACAACAUUGGAAGCGCGACCCGUUGAACGGCAAGUAGAAGCUCGUUCUGCAGACGAUGGUAUGAGUUCCAUGGUCCGUUGUUUACAAUUCGCCAAAACUUUUAUAACCAAUGUGAACAUAACAUCUCCCACAUUAUGGUCAGCCACGAACUCGAGUACAGUAUCCGUUUUUUUGUUGCAUUUACCAGCCGCUCAGACAGUCGCUACUAAUAUGCUACCAGUGAGUGAAAAUACAGCGGCAACAAACGCAGCCUUGCAACCACGUCGGGCGUCGGCCCAACUGGCGAAAGAAAUACAACUUAAACAUCGCGCACCUGUCGUUGGUAUCGCUAUAUUCGACCAGCAUGGCUGUCCAGUUGACCAGCAAAGGAAUAUUAGUGCGGUUUCACCACCUCAUCGUUUGUUAAUUGCAUCUGAAGAACAAUUUAAAGUUUUUUCACUGCCACAGCUAAAACCAAUCAACAAAUAUAAGUUAACUGCUAAUGAGGGAGCUCGUGUACGACGUAUACAUUUUGCAUCAUUCGCCUGCUCGAUGCCAGCUGAGUUAUUGGCACAUGGUAUUGGUGGUAGCCCGUCCAAAUUUAUUCCAACACGAACGCAAGAAAACGCCCAAGAUGUAGCUAAUAUCAAUGCCAACACUAGCGGAGGAAGUAGUGUCGAUGCUCGUUUAUAUCAAGAAGUUGCUUUGCUUUGUCUAACGAAUAUGGGGGACAUCAUGGUGCUCUCGGUACCAGAGUUGAAGCGCCAACUAAAUGCUGCCGCCGUUAGACGUGAGGAUAUCAAGUGAGUUAAGAUGUGAAAUAACACGGCAGCUUAUGGAUGAAGAGUAUAUUCAGCGUUUAUAUACAAUAUCCUUUAUCUGCAAUAAAAAAAUCAUAUUUACAGGCCUAUUCUGCGCUGGUAACAAAAAUUUUGCAACUGGUAAAUAAAGUUCCUCUCCAUUUUUAAACCCUUUUUGCAUUCUGUGCACUCUUGUAUCCGGUAAAUUUUCUUACCAUCUCAGCAACUCAGCUGGUAACAAAAGAUUGUCUCGUCAAAUAUGCAAUGCCAGAAUUUCCACAAAUCUUCAUAGCUGAAU